UCAGUAGAUGAAUAGUUGUAUGGCCCCAAUUUAGCCUAAACUGUUAAACCGUGUUAUAAAACAACAAGUUACACUCAGUUUGUUUUGAGUGUUCAGAGCUCUUGCCUAGUAAUCUUGUUUCUCCCUGACAUGUCAUUUCUUUCUUUGCUUCGUUUUCGUCGUUUAUUGGCAUGGGAAAAGCCGAUGCUUUCUGUUUCUGUUCGUUUCGUGACUUCUGGAACUAAGAAUUCUUCACCGUCCAAAGGUUUAAGUUACCCCGGAAAACCGAAGCACUCAAGUUCAUACCAAGCAAUAAUAAUCGGGGGAGGACAUAAUGGUUUGGUGGCUGCUGCUUAUCUACAACUAGCAGGUUUUAAAAAAGUUUGCGUCCUUGAACGAAGACAUGUCGUGGGUGGUGCUGCCGUGACUGAGGAAAUCGUCCCCGGAUUCCACUUCUCACGUGCGUCAUAUUUGCUGAGUUUAUUGCGACCGUCCAUCAUCAACGACUUGGAACUCAAGAAACAUGGAUUGAAGCUGCACUUGCGGGAUCCGAGCUCUUACACUCCACUAUCCAGCGAUUAUUGGAAAGGAGAUGGACCACGCUCGCUAACACUUUCUAGCGACCUUGAUUUCAAUCGAAAACAAAUUUCCAAAUUUUCAAAACGUGACGCCGAAGUGUACGAAAGCUACGAGAAAUGGCUAUCGCGAUUAGUUGCUGCCAUCGAUCCGCUCAUCGAUUCAAAGGCCGUCGAUUUGAACUUCCCUGGUUCUUUUUAUUCGAAUAUCAAGAGUCUGAUGACCGUGGCCAAAAGUGCAUACAAGCUGAGGAAAGACAUCGGAUCUUUUUACGAUUUGAUGACUGCUCCGGCCAGCAAACUUCUUGAUCAGUUUUUCGAAUCGGAGCCUCUCAAGGCAACACUUGCAACCGACGCAGUGAUCGGAGCAAUGAUGGGACCUCAUUCAAUCGGCAGUGGUUACGUCCUCUUGCAUCACGUCAUGGGAGGAGUUGAGGGAAAGCAAGGAGCAUGGGCUUACCCAGAAGGAGGUAUGGGAGCCGUGUCUAGUGCCAUGGCGAAAUCCGCGGUUGAGAAAGGAGCCACUAUUUUCACGGAUCAAACAGUAAAAGAAAUUAUGGUGGACGAUGGCGGAAGCGUUGCAGGUGUUCGCUUGACCGACGGCACGGAAAUACUUUCCAAGGUUGUCCUUUCCAAUGGUACACCUCAAGUCACGUUCAUUAAUCUACUUGCCUCCGGAACGCUUCCGGAAUCGUACCUCAAUAAAGUCAAAUCGGUUGAUUACACAUCGCCAGUGACAAAGAUUAAUGUUGCGCUGAACGCACUGCCUAAUUUCCUUGCCGAUCCUUAUGCACCAGGGAGCGGAAAAGCUGCUCCGCACCACCGUUGCACCAUUCAUUUGAAUUGCGAAGAGAGUCAUAUGCUCGAUAAAGCAUUCCAACAAGGGCAGCAAGGGUUAAUCCCAGACAGGCCGAUGAUUGAAAUGACGAUUCCGUCUUCGCUAGACCCCACAAUCUCACCCAAAGGCUGUCACGUAGCUCUUCUCUUCACACAAUAUACGCCCUAUGAAUUGCAGAAUGGAGUUCAGUGGGACGACCAUUGGAAAGAAAUUUACGCGAAGAGGAUAUUCCAACAAAUCGACGAAUAUGCCCCUGGAUUUCAGCAGAGUAUCGUCGGUUACGAAGUCCUUACGCCCCCGGAUCUUGAGCGUAUCUUUGGGCUAACAGGAGGAAAUAUCUUUCACGGAGCCAUUAGUUUGGAUCAGCUUUACUUGUCUCGACCUUUCUCCUCUUGGAAAGCGCAUAACCAACGGGAUCACUACCCGUCGUUACCUCGGACACCAAUCAAAGGACUUUACAUUUGUGGAAGCGGAGCUCAUCCCGGUGGCGGCGUGAUGGGAACUCCGGGAAGACUGGCGGCUGAACAGGUCAUCCAGGAAACCAAUCUUUAAAUAAGUUUCCUUUUUGUGUUGUCGGUCUUGCAGGGGGGAAAUAAUUCAUUACAAUAAUGAUGCAGCAUAUACAAAAUUGUGAAACAAGAUGAUUGAUUGAGUUUCCAACUUUGCACAAAAUGAUACGUGACUAGACAAUCUGCAUUCUACACCGAUAGCGUUUGUCGACUCAUGUCGGUAUUCAUCUCCGUAUUCAUAAAUGCAUCCGAUUUAAGCUAAGGUGAAUGGUCUGCGUCGACUGUCGAGUUCAAGUUUAACACCGUGAUCAUGUGAAUUCCUGUUACUUUAUUGCGCAAGCGAUUAUUUAUUCGCGCGUGAUAAUGCCACUGCUUAUCGUGCAAAAUCGUGACACACGACUUGCAGUCAAGUAUUCUGACGGCGUGAACUAUUGUACGUUAUAUUAUUUUUCUUUCAACGGGAUUUUUAAGAGUUUUCCGGGAUGAUGGGCCAGAAUACAUAAAAUCGCCUAAGGCCGACUUUCGGAGAAGUCAUUGAACGAAAGAAGACCUUUAUUUUCAGUGAUGUUAAUUUCUUUUAAGUCCUCGGAAUGUGUGAGUGUUUAAUGCUCAACAUUAUUCUUUUUGUUAUCUUCUUUGCUAAAUAAGAGAGAUACGCAAAAUUCGUACAGCGUCUGUGCCAUUUACUGCUAUGUACAAACAGAAACGGUUGUGAGGAGGUUAUGAGGUUAAAUUGUUUGGAACGGUAGAAGAAAACUUUCACUCGCUUACAUUUCUAUAUAUGGAACUUGGAAAAACCCAGCAGCAUAUAUACCCAGCAUGGUUGUGUCGAACCUUCAGAGAAUAAAACCUUGAAUAGAAAUGUUGAAGGAACGAAAACACUUGGAUACUAGAGACGAGUUAGUUUUCCCUGUGGCUAAACGAUGGCCCGAAAACCAUUUUAAAAAAUUCUGUAUUAUAAAAAGGAGGAUUCCAUGCCCUUAAAGCAUCUACUAUAGAACCGAGUCCCCUUGUGGUAGGAAAUACAGUUUCAAUUCGAAAGCUAACAAAACAAGACGCUCUGUCUAGAGAAGGCGAGAAAAUGUUCAGCUUCAAGUUGCUGUUAGUUUGCAUUAUGGUGCUGGUUCACUGCGCUCUCAGCAUGCCCACCGUCGUCGGAGAACAAUUGAUUCCGGUGGAAGUUUAUUCUGAUGCUCAAGGCACCGAUGAUCUGGUGGCUGCGGAACAUCACAGCCAUGGAUAUGGAGGAUAUGGAGGAUAUGGGGGAUAUGGUGGAUAUGGUGGAUAUGGUGGAUAUGGGGGAUAUGGUGGGUACGGGCACGGUCACCAUCAUCACGGUCACCAUCAUCAUCACAAUGGUCAUAUCGAUUAUUAUGAUUACUAAGCAGCAUUCCCACUCUUUAUUAUUUGAUCAACAAUUGACCGACAGCUCGCCAUGAAUUAUUCCAACCAUUAUAUUGUUAUUUUGUUAUCUCCUCUUUAUCUAUUGACAAUAAAUCGAAGUUAUAGCGUA